UCCAUGUGCUAGUAUACGUAGUUCGAUUUACUAUACGAUUUGGAAUGUGCAGAAAUUCUUGUUUUUGUAUGUAUGAUCGAAUUAUUUAAAUUAAUUCAGAAUGUCAAACAAAGUAUUAUUUCUUAAGUCUGGAUUCCCGCGAGCUCCUUUAGGACUUGGAAUUGGACGUUAUGUGUGUCAAUUACAAAGGGUGACAUUAAAGUUUUGCAAAAAUCAUGGUGCAAGUAAAGGAAUCAGAGACUUUUUAGAACACGAUUUAGUAGAUUAUGCAAGCAAAAACUCUGGCAUUGUUGUCUAUGUAAAACCAAGACGACACAGAACACCAGUAAUAACUGCAGAAUAUUUAAAUGGAGAAAAACAAUGGAUGAAUGUUAGUAACUAUAGUAGAGAAGACAUUGUAAAGUGGAUGGAAUUGUUACGUACUCAAUUUCAUGAUGGUACAAAACUACGUUUAAGAAAAUUAUGGCAUACAGAAUUUCCUUCUAUUCAAGGACCAUGGACACCUUUUACAUUUAAAGAUCCAAGCCAUAAUCUAGUACAGUUUCCUAAUAAAGAAAUUGGCUCAGCUAUUAAAACCGAACCAACUGCUACUGAACAAUUAAUUGAAUUAUAUAAAACUCAGCAAAUACGUGAACAACAAGAACAAAAAACUGAGAACCAAAGAAACACUUCAGAAGGAUCUGCUUAAUAUGAAACAAAAUUAAAAUGAUCUAAAAUAACAAUGCUAGAUGUGAUGAAAAUUUAAAUACAUGUAUAUAAGUUAUUGUAAUAAAUAAUUAUUUUAUAAUUCCUUUAUCAGAUUUAUAAAAUAUUAUAAAUACAGUUUUUAAAUUCAUUGAUUUGUUAAUGCAUUAUAUUUUAGAAAUUACUUUUAAUAUAAGCAAUUUCAAAGGCAGUAAACAAUUAAACCAUUUUUAAUUUAAAAAAAUUUUGUUAUCAUUUGUAAAUGUACAUAUUUCUUUAACAUACUUGUAAUUUAUUUAUUCAAGUAGAUUUGAUGAAUUUAUGUAAAAUGUAAAGUAUAAGGCCAAAACAGAGAAAAUAUCAUAAAAGGUAGUAUAUUCUGUGAGUUUUUUCUAAGCACAGAGAUACAUACAUAAUCUGAUACAUAUAGAUGUAUCUAUUCUUAGUAAUUUUAUAAAAUAAAAUUUCAAUUAGACAUGUGAUUUUCUCUUUGAAUAGACACAUAUCUAUAUGAAACUUUUAAUAUACAACUACUUAUAUAUUUUACUCCUACAAAAAUAUAUUUCGACAUUUUUCAUAUAAAACUUUAAUUGUGAUGUAUACAUUAAAAAUGUCAUUUCUAAAAGAAUAAAUAUAUAAAAAGCCAUCAUAGAAUAAAUAAAUAUACAUAGAGAUUAA